AUGGAGGUCGAUGACGCGGUGCCGCGCGGCGGGGGUGGGGGCGGGGAGUCGCCGCACAUCCGGCGACUGGAGGAGUCAGUGGUGAACCGCAUCGCCGCGGGGAAGGUGAUCCAUCGGACCUCGUCGGCGGUGCAGGAUCUCGUCGAGAACACCAUCGACGCCGACUCCUCCACCAUCUCCGUCACCGUCAAGGACGGCAGCCUCAAGCUCAUCCAGGUCUCCGACGAUGGCUACGUCAUCCGGUGUCUAUCACAGUCUGAUCUGUUGGAGAUUUUGAAUGAUUACAAUAUUAUUGUUGGAAUUGACUCCUCCGGUCAAGUCUUCCUCGGCUCCGGUCUCGGCGCUCGCAGCUCUGGUCCUACAAGUGCCUAA